AUGCCCUCCAACAUGACCGCAUUCCCGCCGCAUUUCUCACCACACCUCUCGAGCGCCGGGCGAGACGGCUUCGACUUCCAGACGUCACAGCUCGAGGCAGAGACGCCGGAACGGGUCGCAAACGGCGAUGAACACCACAGUCCCCCGCCCUCGAUAAUAUCGCCUGCCUUCACGCCUCCAGCGACACCGGGCGUCUCGACCCCCUCGCGGCCCCGGCCACCCCGCUCCAUACCAGUCGAUACCUCAGUGCGCACCGACACGCCGCGGCCGGACCUGCUGCCCAAGCUGCCCACGGUCGAGUGCGAAGUGCGUGCGCGGAUACCCACAACCACGGGGCAUGAGAUGUGGCUGCAUGUGUACAGGAACAGCGUCGACACCAAGGAACACCUGGCAAUUGUCUUUGGGAGCCAAAUACGCUCGAGAUCGCUGGAUGCAGAGCGCCCGGGAGAGACGGAGCUAGACCGCAUGACAAGAGGCGCAUACGUCGGACGCCUGUACCCGGGGAGGACCAGCUCGCGGGUUGAGCAGCUCAAGAGGCAGGAGGGCGUGCCCACGAAGCGCAAGCCCGACGCCGACUCCGCGCACGUGGACAAGAGCAACGGCCUGUUGUCGCCAGCUUCUGCAUCCUCAUCCGAGAACGGCGACGUGCAGCCAGCUUCUUCUCUAGAACUACCUCUCGUCCGCAUACACUCCGAAUGCUACACCGGCGAGACUGUUUGGUCUGCGCGCUGCGACUGCGGUGAGCAGCUCGACGAAGCCGCGCGGCUUAUGGCCGAUCCUACUCUGUCACCUUCUGGUGGUGCUAUUAUCUAUCUCCGCCAAGAGGGUCGUGGAAUCGGUCUAGGCGAAAAGCUCAAGGCAUACAAUCUGCAAGAUCUAGGCAACGACACAUAUGAAGCAAAUAUCAUGUUACGGCAUCCUGCAGAUGCGCGAAGCUACGGCUUGGCCACGGCUAUGCUCAUGGAUCUGGGCUUAGACGGAGACAGAGGGAUUAGACUUUUGACCAACAACCCAGAUAAAGUCCAUGCUGUCGAGGGGCCGAAUAGAGAAGUCGUCGUGAGGGAGCGCGUCGCCAUGGUUCCGCUUGCGUGGAAAACAGGCGGCAUGAAGGGCAUUAAAAGUGAAGAAGUAGAGAAGUACCUUAGUACCAAGAUCGAAAAGUUCAAGCACAUGUUAGAUCAGAAAUAA